UCUUAUAGAUGAUGCCUGGCUUGCUGUGUUCCACCAGCAUUUUGUGUGCGCUGACAGGUAUUAUUACCUGGCCUGGGUCAGAUGCUUUUUGUUGGUUCACCCUUCUGAAGGUUGCUUGCACAUCAGCCUCAGAGACUGAAAUCAUAGGGUCAUCAGGGAAAUGUGGGAGUUCGUGAAGGUUCCUCCAUGUUCUGAUGGUCAAAGCGAACAUACAAGACUUUGAGAUCUGGAACAAAGCUCUGUUAUCACCUAUGUCGCCUGAUUACAAGAGCUGCUGGAGUUCAAGCCCUGUACUGCUGUCGAGCAUCGUUCAUCAAUUCAAGCUUAGUUCGGAAUUGCCACUUCGCCACUGAGCUGGCUUUCAGCCGAUUGUACCUGGACCUCUAAUGACUUCCUUGGUCACUAGACUUGAAUGCCUCUGAUAGAUUACGGGUCUCAUGGUUCAUCCAGGACCUGUGUUUGGGAUUUUGGUUUGUUUUCUGCAGAGAUCACUCCCUCCAUGGUUCCCUUGUUCAUUUGUUCCUCCCCACUGGCCUCCCUCCUGACACUUGUUGCUUCAAGCUGUAGAAUUUGAAGGGGACGACCUAACUGGGGGUGGGGGGUGCAGCCACAGUGACUGGGUGUUUGGCACUGAGUCACGUGCUGUGGCUUAGAAGAAAAGAGAGGUGAAGAGGACUGCAGUAGUGAUAGGAGGUUCCAUUGUCAGAGGAAUAGGGACAAGAUUUGUGGAUGUAUUCUUGCCUCCCAGGUGCCAAGGUCAGAGAUGUCUCUGAUCAGCAUUCUAAAUGGUCAGGGUGAGCAUCCAGGAGUUUUGCUACAUAUUGGCUCUAAGGACAUAGGCAGGAAAAGUGAGGAGAUCCUUUGGAGAGAUUUUAGGGAACUAGGUAAAAAGCUUAAGAACAGGACCUCCAGGUAGUAGUCUCUGGAUUGCUGCCUGCGCUAUGUAACAGUAAGCCUGGCUGCGGAACUGGGGAUCAGAGGUUCAGAUUUCUGGAUCAUUGGGAUCUCUUCUGGGGAAGGUACGACCUGUACAAAAGGGGUGGGUUACACCUGAGCCUGAGGGGGCCGAUAUCCUUGCAGGCAGGUUUUCUAAAGCUGUUCAGGAGGGUUUAAACUAAUUUGACAAGGGGGUGGAAACCACAGUGGUAGGGCUGAGGAUGGGGCAGUUUACUUAUAAGGAGAUGCAGUGUGUAGUGAGACUGCUCGCAAAGACAGAUUGAUGAUAGGGCAAAAUUGCAGUCAACGGGAUGAGUUGCAGUGUAAAAGGGGGACAUAUACAAAGAGUGUGAUGAAUACAGGACUGAAGGUGUUAUAUUUGAAUACAUGCAGAAUAAAGCAGAUGAAUUUGUAGCACAGUUGGAGAUUAGUAUGUAUAACAUGGUCAUCAUUGAAUCAUGGCUGAAAGAAGAUUAUAGCUUGCAGUUUAACAUCAAGGAUACACAUUGUAUCUAAAGGAUAGGUAGAGGGGGAGGAAUGACUAUUGGAUAAAAAAUGAAAUCAAAAUCCUUAGAAAGAGGUGACAUAGGAUUGAAAGGUGUAGAAUUGUUGUGGGUAGAGCUCAGAAACUGCAAGGGUAAAAGGCCCUGAUGGAAGUUAUAUACAGACUUGUGAACAGUAGCAAAGAUGUGGGCUACAAAUUACAAUGGGAAAUAGAACCUGUGUGUCAAAAGGGCAAUGUUAUGUUGGUCAUGGGGUAUUGUAAUAUUCAGGUAGUUUGGGAAAAUCAGAUUGGUGCUGGAACCCUAGGGGUUUCUAGAAUUUCUAGGCAUUUCUAGAAUGCCUAUGUGAUGGUUUUUAGAGCGGCUGGUGGUUGAGCUAUGAGGGGAUCAGCUCUUUUGGGUUGUGUGUUAUGCAGUGAACCAGAAUUGCUUGGAGUGCUUAGGGUAAAGGAACCCUUAGGAGACCAUGAUCAUAAUAUGAUAGAAUUUACCUUAUAAUUUGAGAGGGAGAAUCUAAAGUCAGACGUAUCAGUAGUACAGUGGAGUAAAGGGAAUUACAAGAUAUGAAAGCGGAGCUGGCCAAAGAUGACUGGAAGGGGACACUAGCAAGGAUGUGAUGGCUGGAGUUUCUGGGAGCAAUUCAGAAAGCGUAGGACAGAUACCUCCCAUAAAAGAAGUAUUCUAAAGGCAGGAUGAUGCAACUGUGGCUGACAAGGGAAGUCAAAGCCAACAUGAAAGCAAAACAGAGGGCAUAUAAUAGAGCAAAAAUUAGUGGAUUGGGGAGCUUUUAAAAACCAGCAGAACACAACUGAAAAACAAAUCAUAAGGAAGGAGAAGAUGGAAUACAAAGGUAAGUUAGCCAAUAAUAUUAAAAAGAUAGCAGAAGUUUCUUCAGAUACAUAAAAUGUAAAAGAGAGGUGAGAGUACUUAUUGGACUGCUGGAAAAUGAUGCUGGAGAGGUAGGAAUGGGGGACAAAGAAAUGAUGGACAAACUGAAUAGUUUUUUUGCAUCAGUCUUCACUGUGGAAAACGCUAGCAGUAUGCUAGAUGUUCAGCGGUGUCGGGGAGCAGAAAUGAGUAAAUUUGCCAUUUCUAGGGAGAAGAUGCUAGGGAACUGAAACGUUUGAAGGCAGAUAAAUCAUCUGGACCAGAUGGUGUGCACCUGAGGGUUCUGAAAGAGUAGCUGAAGAGAUUGUGCAGGCAUUCAUCAUGAAUCGGUAGUUUCUGGAAUGGUUUCUGAGGACUGGGAAUCUGUGAAUGUCACUCCAUUCUUCAAGAAGGAAGAGAGGCAGAUGAAUGGAAACUAUGUCAGUUAGUCGAGCUCAGUGGUUGGGAAGAUGUUGGAGUCGAUUGUUAAGGAUGUGGUUUUGGGCUAUUUAGAGGCACAUGAUAAAAUAAAUUGGUCAUGGUUUCCUUCAGAGAAGAUCUUGCCUGACAAAUCUUUUGGAAUUCUUUGAAGAAAUAAUGAGCAGAAUAGUCAAAGGAGAUGUUGUUUAGUUGGACUUUCAGAAGGCCUUUGACAGGGUGUCUUACAUGAGGCUGCUUAUAAGUUUAAUUGCCAGGGAAUUGGGGUGAGAGGAAAAAAAACCUUUCUGAAUAAGUAAUGAUGGUCUGGAAUUUCACUGUACAAAAGGCAGAAAUCUUCAAAUCACAUUAUAAGUACCUGGGUGAAAUGAAGAAUCACUAACUAUAAGCCUAGAGAUGAGAAGUGGGAUGAAGAUAAUGCCCACUUUUGGUCAGCAUGGAAACAAUGAGCUAAAUGACCCCCUGUGUGGUAAUUUCAACUGAGAGGUGGUACCUCUAUCCCCAGAGUGAUUUGCUGAGCAAGGCCAGGGUCCUGAUGCAAGAUGCAAUAGACUGUUUGGGCAAUCUAAACAUCGGUCCAGAUAGACUAGAAAGGCAGGGUGCUGUGAGUCGAGCAAGGUUGGAUCGCUCUGGGCAAUAAGCUGAUUUGGAGGGGUUGAGAACAGCUUCUCUGGCAGCAUAAUCUAGGCCCGGAGUGAUUCGCUGGCAGUGGGUCCUGGUUCCUGUCGUGAGCGUCAGACAAUUUAAAUGCUGGCCCAGAUAGACUGGGGCUCUUGUCUCUGUGAUGCUAAGGCUGUGAGACUGCCCCUGGCUGCUGUGCUUUGUGUCUGUGAACUUUGCAAUGAUUUGUCCCGCUAAUAUGAUCAACUGAAUACUGAGGCUUUGGGCCUACUUCGGGCUGCCGUGGACAUUUGGAUCUGAGGACUCAACAGGUUCGGAAUGCUGCUGUUGUUGUUGCCUGCUUCUAUUGUUUACAUGAUCAUUUCUCAGAAUUAUCAAAAUGGAAAACUUUGUCCUUUAUGAAGAAAUUGGAAAAGGAAAUAAAUCUACUGUUUACAAAGGCAGAAGGAAGGGAACUGUUAAUUUUGUGGCUAUUUUAUGUAUUGACAAAUCAAAAAGGCCAGAGAUCACAAAUAGGGUCCGACUCACUCAUGGUAUUGAACACCAGAAUAUCGUAUUAUUUCAUGAAUGGUAUGAGACAAACAAUCACUUAUGGCUUGUGGUAGAGCUGUGCACAGGAGGUUCUUUGGCAAUGGUUAUCACCCAAGAUGAAUACUUAAAUGAGGAUGUAGUUAGACAGUUUGGUAUUGAUCUAGUAAUGGGUUUGCACCAUAUCCAUGAGUUGGGCAUCGUGUUUGGUGAUCUUAAUCCUGCUAAGAUAUUGGUCGAUGGGCCAGGCACUCUGAAGUACAGUAACUUCAGUCUUGCUAAGGCAGAAGGAGAGAAUCUAGAGGAAUUCUUUGCACUGAUUGGCACAGAUGAUGAUGUAAGUGAAGGUAAUGAAGAGACACAGAAGAAAUCCAAAAGCCGAACUCAAGGGUCUACACUGUAUAUGGCUCCUGAAGUUGUGAAGGGUGAAGACUGCUCUCCGACCAGUGAUUUAUGGUCUCUAGGCUGUGUACUAUAUGAAAUGUUUACAGGAAAACCACCAUUUUUCUCAGAAAACUUGUCUGCGUUGGUGGAGAUGAUUUUGCAUGAAGAUCCACCACCACUCAAACCUCAAGGCACAAGAACAAUGGUGGAUGUUUUGAAGCAGGAGAGCACUCUACACUGGGAGAGCGAGAGAUUACAAAUGACUGUAAACACACCUACCAGUUAUGCCAUGGACAUCCUGAGUACCCACCCUGGGAUGCAUCCCUGGCUGGAGACCAUUGGACCCACUGGACAAAAACCUUCUCCUGCAUUAGUUGGUUUGAUUGGAGAAUUGCUUCAGAAGGACCCUUCCAAAAGGUUAAAAUGGAGUGGCUUAUUGGAGCAUCCUUUCUGGCAAAGAUCCUUUGCUGGAUUUGAAAAGGCCUUCAGUGGGAAUAAGAACAGCAGCAUCAGCAUGAGUGGUAACAGUGAGGUUUCUUCCUCAAUCACUCCCAGUGAAUUGCAACACAGCAGAGGAAGCAAAAAUCUGCAAGAAUCAAGCAUCAAAAUGAACAGCAACCAUCAACUGCCAUCAUACAAAUUAGAAAAUCCUACUGAUUUGCAGCCAAGGAAUGCUCUAGAUAUAAAUUCCAAGGAGUCCAUCUUCUUACUCAGUUCUCAUCCAAGACCAAGAACUAGCUUGAACGUAAGCCAGAAAGACAUUGGGACCCAGAAUGCUUCAUCAAAAAGUGCCUCCAUUUCAACAAAGGAUAUGACGUCCAAAAUCAAGGGACUUACAUACACUGAUGCUGAUCUUAUAGUAACGCCCAUUAUGGACAACCCCAAGAUAUUGAAGCCAGCACCCAUAAAAUUCGAUGCUAAAACUCUCAGUGUCCCAGCCUAUUCGGCUGAGAAACUUGUGUCCCUAAAGGGACAGGACUGGAACCUUUUCAUGCAGCAAUUGUGCUCGCUGACAGCUGUUGGGGAGAAGGCUGCAGGGGCACCAAGAGGCAAGUUGAACCUAAUGUGUUAUCUCUGCAUGGUCGCUAGCCACAGGGAAGUGGCUACAAGAAUGAUGGACUCACAGUUGUUCCUGCUGCUGACUCAGCAAUUGCGUGCAGCUUCAAACUGGGAUAUUCGUGUUAAGAUGGUCCGUCUGAUUGGCUUACUGGCCUGCCACACAACUGUAUUGAAGGAUGAUGUCCCAAUAACUGAAACCAUCACCAUACUAACUGAGUUGAUUCGAGAAAACUUCAGGAACACCAAACUGAAGCAAUGCCUCUUAGCUCCUCUAGGAGAACUUAUUUACCUUGUGGCCAUCCAGGAGGAGCGAGGACCACACUCAAGAGACCACUGGACUAUCCCCUCUGCAGCCUAUUCUGUGGUAAUGAGAUGUAUUCGGGAAGGGGGAGAUCCUAUUACUAAUCAUUUAGCGGCAAAAAUUGUGGAGAAUGUUUGCACCACAAAUUCAUUGCCAGUCCAAGGAUUUAUUACUGGAGAGUUUGGGCAAAUGCUUUGGUACCUGUUUACACAUUCCACAGUGGACUCUUUACGAGUGACAGCCAUUUCGGCUUUGUGCAGAAUUACUCGCCAUUCUGCUAGUGCUUUUCAAAGUGUCAUUGACAAGGUCGGCCUCACGGCAGUGCUGAACUCCCUGCAGGCAGGAGUAAGCCGUAUUCAGCAGUAUAUAUUGACUAUGUUUAUUGCAAUGUUGUCAUCUGGUGUACACUUACAAAGACUGGUACAGGAAAAGGAUUUUGUCACAAAAGUUGUCCGUUUAUUGGAAAGUCCUUUAACAGUAAUUCGUGCAAAAUCUUUUCUUGUCUUACUGGAAGUUUUACGGAAUAACAAGGAAAUGCUUUUGUUUUGUUGCCAAACCAGGUUAGUUAUGUAUAUUGAAAGAGACAACAGAAAAGGAAAGGAACAGCAAACCAGCACUGAAUACUUGUCCAGAUGUCUGGAUUUGCUAAUCUGUCACAUUAUUCAUGAACUGCCAGGAAUUAUAGGUGAUGUACUCUCUGCUUUGUGUAAUGUUUCUGGACGCAAACAUCCUUCAACAAUUCAAGCCAAACAUUUGAAGACGUGCCUUCCAAUGAUGCCUAUAAUGCUCCAUCUUGUGACGGCUCAGGUGUUUAGACCACGGAUUAUCAAUGAGGAAUUUCUUAUCAACUGUGGAGCAUUGCUUACUCAUAUCAAAUCUGUUGAUUCUGGAGAAAUAAAUUUAGAAAGUGCAGUGGGUCAUACUGGUUCAGAAGAACUUAUCAGAAUAACCUUUUCCUCGUGGGAGGCCGUGACACAACAUCCAUCACUCCUGAGUUCACAUCUAUCCACAAUUGUUGACUGUGUUCUCCCUCCCUUAGUGUCUCUGGUGCUUAGUCAGAAUGUGGAGUGGCGGAUCUUUAGCUUGCGGUUGCUAUCAGAGACCAUAUCUGUUGUGGCAAACCAUGAGACCAUGUUGGGAGAGAAAGAGGAGUAUCUUGCUACAAACAACAAAUGGCUGUCCCUCAUCCGAGAAUCUCUACUCCCUCAUUAUGAGCAGAUCUUGAUGGAUCCUGAUCCAGUACCACUCUACGCCUUGAAGCUGCUUGUCACCCUGACUGAUUGCAGUCCAGUUUUCAUAAGAUUCAUUGAAGAAAGUCAAAUUGUGCCCAAUAUUUUCCAGAUUAUAUUGGAACAACAAGACAAUCCUCUAGGUACUGCCAUCCAGAGUGUGGUAUUAUUGGUCAACAACUUAGUUGCCUAUAAAGAUAUCAACAUGGAAACGCUUUACAAGCAAGGUCUUGUUGAUCAUAUCCACAACUUAAUCAUUGAAGUCACGGCCCUCUACCUAGAGACGGAUGAUAAAAGAAAUGUGAACACUACAAGUAACGUAUUGUUAUCCCUGAUUGAUACUUUACACAUUAUGCUGAAGCACGUAUCCGGUAUUGUCCGCUUUGCUUUGCAGGCACAAAAAUCAGGCAUGGGAGGGGACACCCAAGCUGCUGAAGACCUUCUGCUUAUCAACAAACCCUUGACAAACUUAAUUAGCCUGCUUAUUCAACUGCCACAUCCUUGCAACAGAACGGACUGGCCAAGAAUGAACCUAGCAGACACGGACCCCGUGCAACAGGCCCUUGACAGCCAAGGCUCCGUACUGGGCUUGCAUGAUCAACUGCUUGGAGAAAUCAUGAAAAAUCUUCAUACUCUGUUGGAAGAUGUAAAGAAGCUCUCUAGUGAUGACCUAGACGUACAGGAGAGUUCUCUGCAGUCUCUGUCCCUCAUUGUUCAGCUGUAUGGAGGUGAAAAUCAAGACAGCCUAUCUCCUGAAAAUGUGCACUCACUUGCAGAGGCACUGAAAUGUAGAAGAGAUCCAAAACAGCAGAAACUUCUACUUAGAAUCAUCAAAAGGCUGGUGAUGUCCAAUGAAAGACAUGGAGAAAGUAUCAGAAGUGAAGGAGACGUUCUUGUUGAAAUCCUUAAAAGACUGGCUCGAGGUGCCAGUUCUCAUACCGAUAUUGCCAUUGCAUCGUUAGCCUUUGAAAUACUGAGGCUCAUUGGCCAUUGAGCCAUUGACCUACUCCAGGAUCUCUGUUCACAUAAUCACCAAGUACCAUCAGCAUUAUCACACUCACCGCAGGACCACUGACUACUCCAGAAUCAGGACUCACAGCUCUCAGGACUGGAAGCGUCCUAAUAGAGGAGAGUUACAUUCCAAUGUCUUGUUCUUUGACUGGUUUUGUCAUGGAUUCAAGGAAAGCCAAAACAAGCAUGUUUUCUUCAAGCAAACUGAAAUAGAGUUGGAGGAAAGGUACUGUACCAAAAGUCAUUAAAAACAUUCCUUCUCAGAAACAUCUUGCAACCUUCUUUGAAAUCAUUAAUAUACAACUGAAGCUAAAAUUUAGCCAACUAAAUACAAUUAAUUAAUAUACUCAAAAUACAUUAAUAUGCAUUUUGUAAAGCUUGAAGUCAGCAAAAUAGAAAUGUUGGAACAUCUCUUGCAUGUUUAGUGUGACUGUCCAAAGGCAAAUAUCGCAACAACUAUUUUUGUGCUCUUUCAUCAGUCUGUACCAGACUUCCAUUCUGCUGGAAUAGCUUUCUAUUGUUUUGAUACUUAAAGAGUUGUGAAUUUCUGUUUGGGGAUGAAAGUUUACUGAAAUCUUGCUCUUUUUUCCAAUGCAAAUGGAUAAUCAUUAGCAUCUCUGGCAGAGAAUAAAUGUGUAUUAAUUUGA